GAAAGAAUUGAAAAUUUAUUACCUUAUCGACUUUUGGCCUGUGCGUUCAUCUACAUCACGUCAUAUGAUGGCAUUUACAAAUCUAUAACUUUUAAUUGCCAAAGCUUAAUUGCAUCUACUCCGAGUUGCGAUGGCAGGCAACCUAGAAGGUUUCCGACUUUGGGAUGACUGGCUGGAUGGCUCGCUCGCGCACUUGCGAAAUGCUCAGCUCUUAAGAACGUUAAGGCCAACUGUAUGGUGUAACUCUUCAUCCGAGGCGCUCGUACAUCACGCGGAUCUGGCCGCCUGGGUCUCCGGUCAGGAACCUGUUGUACGACAUUACGAUCAUUGUGCCAACACCGUUGGUGCCGCAACUGCCGUACCACUCCGUCGUGCUGAUAUCACCGAUGAUGUGUCGAGUGUACGACGGUACGACAGUGAUAGGUGCAGCAGCUGCGACGGUGGUCGUGGCGGUGGCGGCGGCGGCGGCGGCUGUGCUGCCGUUGGGGAUUUCAACGGAGCGAGUUCCCCGUCUGCCUCUGCCCCUAUCCGCGAGGGGGGUGUUGGCGAUGUGGGGGGCGGUAGGGGAGGCGGUUACCCGCAGUCGCGCGAGGCGCUGGUGCGAGUUCGUCUCUUUUCUUUAAACGACUACCUAGGACUUGCCUCGCAUCCUGAGGUGGCGGAAGCAGCGGCCAGAGCGGCUAAACAGGUGGGCAUGGGCCCUCGCAGUAGCGCUCUUGUGGCGGGUUAUACACACAGCCAUCGGCAGCUUGAGGAGGGGCUGGCGGAGUUGAAGGGGACACAGGACUGCCUUCUUUUCCCAACGGGUUUCGCCGCGAACCUGGCGGUGAUGACGUCAUUGUCGUACGCAGCUCCUCCAACGUCAGGAACGGAUGGCAGCAGCAGCAGCAGUAGCAGUCUGGCGAUAUUCAGCGACGAGCUCAACCACGCGUCUAUUAUUGACGGUGCACGAUUAGCUUCUAGAAGUGCUGGCAGCGGGGGGGGAGGCGGCGGCGGUGCCGUACAACUUCAUGUGUAUCGUCACAACGACCUGGGCCACCUGGAGGUAGGUUGCUUGUUUUCCAUGGACGGUGACUUCGCGGACUUGCGGGGCCUCGCAGCCCUCCGUCGGCGGCACCCGUUCCUACUGGCGGUGGACGAGGCGCACGGCACCCUGGUUUGCGGGGAAGGGGGAGGGGGAGCGGCGGAGGCGACGGGAGUCGACUUGCACAUCGGCACGUUGUCGAAGGCGUUUGGCGCCCUGGGGGGAUUCGUGGCCUGCAGUGGGCCCAUGAAGCAACUGCUGCUCAACCGGGGUCGGGCGUUUGUGUACUCCACCUCCUUGCCGGUGCCCAUCGUGGAGGCGGCGGCGGCGGCGCUUCGGGUUAGCAAACGGGAAUCCUGGCGUCGUACACACGUGUGGUCGCUUGUACGGCGGCUCGGUUCAGGACUAGGGGUCCCUGCCCUAAGUCCGGUAGUACCGUUGGUGGUUGGGCCCGAGGGUCCCACCCUGGAGCUGUCUUCCAUGUUGCUCCAGGAGGGCCUUAUGCACGUGCCCGCCAUCCGACCGCCCACAGUACCGCCGGGAACGUGCAGGCUACGAGUCAGCCUCUCCGCAGCCCACUCGUACGAAGAUGUGGACGAGCUGAUCCGACUCGUACGGCGGUCCGGUGUAGUGUUGGCACGUCUACCGCAUCUUCUCGAUCCACGUGCUGCAUUACCACCCUGUCGUACACAAAGCGAUGGCGGUGAUGGUCCUGGCAGUAGUGCUGGCUUGUACGGCAACGGCUUGGAGCGCGAUGGGCCGUACAGUCGGUUGUGAAGUGCUGUUGCCGCAGCCCGGUGUCGUAUACACGCAUUCGUACACGUGUGGUACAGAUUAACACGUGCUAUCAUUACACCUAUCCGUUUCGCAGUAUGUUAGGUUUAGACAUUUUGUCUAGCAGAUUGAUGUACACGAAUACGCACAAGUGCGCCUGCAUGUAUGUUUGUGUUGGGUAGGUUGUGUGUGUGUGUGUCUACUACUCGUUCAGCUUCACCCACGAGUGGCCGCUGGACCGCUGGCCGUCAUCUCCCUGCUAUACCCCCCUUCCCCGGUUCUAUGUCCCCCCCCCCGGGGGCACCCUCUCAUCCCGCUGCUCAACCACGUGCGAGUGCCGACAUCUGCCGAGUCCAUUAGCGACGUUUUCGGGUUCAAAACGAGCCUGUUAUGGUCUAGGGAUAUUAGUCCCGCUCGCUGUCGGGUUCGGUUCCGGAAUCUUCCCGAGACAUUUCGCCGCACCCUUACAUACCUGUUGCGUCGGGACGUGUAUGUAUGUAUAUGUAUAUCUAUGCAUGUAAAAAUGCGUGUACGU